AUGGUUAAACAUAUUCUGUUACAGACGUUCUUUAUUUUCUUUCGUUCUUGCUUUUGUACUGAAUUCGUAAAACUUGAUCUUCCUUUUUUUUUCUUUCUACACCUUUUUUUUCCUACCUUUUUCAUUGAGUCCCUAAGUAUCAAUCUUUUGCUUUCUUUCUUUCUUUCUUUCUUUCUUUCUUUCUUUCUUUCUUUCUUUCUUUCUUUAUUAUUUUUUUCUUUCUUUCUUUCUUUCUUUCUUUCUUUCUUUCUUUCUUUCUUUCUUUCUUUCUUUCUUUCUUUCUCUUUCACUUUUUUUAAAAUAAUUGUAUUUCUUCUUUUUCUUCUUCUUCUUUCUGCCUUUCUUUCUUUUUUCUCCACCAUUUUUUCUUACUUUUCUUUAUCGUCCUCUAACCGGACAUACUUCUUCUUUUUCUUUCUUCUUUCUCCCAAACUCCUUCUUUCUCUGUUAUUCAUCCUUACAUCUUUUGUCUGGUCAAUUCGACGGGGGCGGCUAGAUAAGCAAGUCUACAACCAGAAAUCGGACUGUCCGCUUCAUUAUCGCAGACAUCAAUGUUGCGGGGAGUCAAAGCAGAAUAACUACAGAAGUAUUCUACAGCAAGUUUGCCGCCGAUCGAGUCAUUGCGAUAUCCUGCGGCCCUCAAGCCAACAGCCCCGCUGCAAGCUCUACCUCCACCUACAAGAUCAGCAACAUCAACAAAACAACUCUAAACGCAUCCCUACUACCACCAUUAACACCACCAUCUUCACCACCACCACCACAAGCAACAACAACAACAACAACCACGAAAGUGAAACUAUCAUUCGCCACAGUUUCAAGUGCCUUCCACAGACACGCCAACAGUCACUCACUACAAACUGUCGGUCAGAAGCCAAGUUUUCAAGUCUCCAGAACAGUUUAAUUAGGGCAGGCGGGUCUUGUCUGGAACACUCGAUUCCAGUACAUUGUCGAAUUGACAUCCACCUGGAUUACAGGAGUGAACUUAACUAUAAGGAAUCACUACUUCAUUUUAAUCAUCGCAGACUUACCAUCACAGGAAUUCCAAUACAGCACUCCGAUCCAAGUGCAAAUCAUCAACAACUCGAAACCCGUACUUGCAACGGUUACCUCGCUUAUUUAAGACUGUUAUCACAACCGCAACCAGACGAAAGCCUAAAGCUGAGUUCAGAGAAGCAGUUGAAACAGAAGGAUAAAUAUUUGCCGCUAGGAGAUCGUUCCCUCGAAGUACAAUCACAGUUGAUAUGUGAUUGGUCGAGGGCCGGCCGUGACAGACACCAGGGAUUUUAUUUUCUCGGACAGAUAAACCUGGAAAAAAGUCAAGGAAAAGUUUUAGAAGCUAUAAGGAUCAAGGAUGAAGAUAAAGAAAUUCUGGGCAAGGAUUUCGUAAUGGGCGGAAGAGAAACAGCACUGCUUCCUUGGCGAAUAAUCCGAGAUCAAAUCUUGCCUCGAACUGGUCACAGAGACAGAAAAAUCGAAAAUGGCGACAGAGCUACUCAGACAGCAGAAGAAUUUGCCUCGUCUGUACAUGAGUUAGCCGGUACAAAAGUUGGUGGCAAGUUUCAAAAUCACAGAACGCGAUUGGAAAAUAUCAACAACUGUAUCAUGAGCAGUAUAAAACGAGAUGAAGUUAACGAACAGUUUGAAACGAAUUCCGAACAAAUACUGUUUAAUAUUAAUGUAAACAGACGAAUUGUCAUUAAACAGGAUAAAUCUCAGUGCUGCGUUCAGGAAACUCAAUGCAAUAAAGAGGUGGAAUAUGAUAUAAACAGAAAUAUUCAUGAUAAGUUUAAACCAAGGAGUAAUUUGAGGAGAAAUGCCAACUCAGCGUCUGAUUCUAGAAACAACGUAAUUUACAAGGCAGGAUGUGAUUUGCCUACUAACUGCGCCUACUCGCCUUUGGAUCAGUUCAUAACGGUCUACAAUACCACACGUUUCAGUGCGUUUCUUUUCAUUUUCUUUAUCACCUGUGCAUUACAUAGCAUUUCCCUGGGAGCUGAUCGGAGUCGAGCGCCUUGGCCUUUCCCAGGCGCCGACGCAAAGGCUGUCAUCAGUCUGAGCAAAAACGUCCUUAUGACGGACGCUGACCACAAACAAGUGUCAUCUCUCGGAAAGAUUGACCCGCCGUCGGAAUUUACAAAGGAAGACGCAACGUUCAGUGAUUUUCCGGAUGUUGAUUCGGAUAGAAGUGUUGCCGGUGCUUCCAGUCGCCACGGUCCGGGGGGCAAGGGAAAGGCGGUCGACAGGAGCGAUCCAAGUGGCAAGAGAAAAAACCCCGAUGCCGGAUCGGAGAAUGAGGACAACGUGGAUGAAUACGAAGCUUACGACGACAGUACAGGAAUGGAAUCCUCGGAUUCGAACAGCAAUAAGCAAAACCUCGACAAUCCGGGUCAGUAUUCCGAUGUCGAAAUUGCUGACUCUAUUGACGAAGAAGACAAUGAUGACGACGAGGAUGAAGAGGAAGAUGAUGAGGACGAAGACUGGGCUGGGGACAUGAGUUCACAGCCUAUAUUUCUACCAUCCAGAAUGAAUAAGGAUGGGGGUCAGGCUGGUGUGGGAACAACUGGUAGGCAUUUUACUGAACAGGAGACACCGGCUAAAUCGACGGACGAUCCACUCAAGAGGGAGAUACCCGAGUAUAUGUUAAAGUUGUACCAAAAGUUUACACAAAAGCAUUAUAUACAUCCGGCUUCGGAUACCGUGAGAAGUUUUAGCAAUAUCAAUGACGAUAUACUUUUUAAUAUCUCCAAAGGGAAUGAAUUACUUGGAGCAAAAACUCGCAACCACACCCUGGUUUUCAACAUCAGCAGCUUCCCCGGUGGAGAACUGAUCAACCUGGCCCAGCUUCGUUUGUACAAAUUGGUUGAGCGAGACAGAAAUACGUACAUUGGGGACGACCGAAAGGUGUCGCUGUACGAAGUCAUUAUUCAGGAUGACGGCACGCGACACCUGAAGCUCGUCUCGCAGAAACACAUUUACGGGCGUAAUAGCGGCUGGGAAUCGUUCGACGUGACCCCGGCCGUCCGUCGCUGGGUUGCCGAAAUCGAAAGUGGUGCUGUCCAAAUGCUUGAAGUGACUAUUGAGAGUAUAUUCAACAGCGUGUUGGGUAACGAUGUUGAUAUUAGCACCGAGCCGCGGAGCAAGAAGGAACCGUUGCUAGUUGUUUUCUCGAAACAGAUUAACAAACGACUAGUGCACCAGCAGGAGCGAGACGAACUCCUGCGGCACGACAUGACUCUGAGUGACAUUGAAGAUGUUGACAAUUUCACAGCUACUGACUCUCUUCCGUCGGCUCGAUCUUCGGUAUCGACUGAUGGCGACGAAUCCGAUGAUGACGAAGAAGAAGAUGAUGAGGAAGAGGAUUCUUCAAAGGAGGAUUCGUACGGGUCUAUAGACGAAAUGACGUCAUAUGCUAAAGUGACGCAGAGCAUGCGCACUGGAAAGGAAUACCUGAGCCGAUCGAAACAGAAAGUACGUGUGAAAAGAAGUAAAACAUCAAGCAAACGGAAUAUCUGUCGACGGACCAAACUCGAGGUGGACUUUAGAGAUAUUGAGGGCCACGGCUGGAUUGUGGCACCGCAAAGAUAUCAAGCGUUUGAGUGCAGUGGAAAAUGUUACUUUCCUCUUGGCGACCAUCUGCGGCCGACGAAGCACGCCAUUAUACGGGCCAAUCUUCACGUGCACAACAAGAAAGUGACUCGGCCUUGCUGUGUUCCGACAAAGCUCGAUUCAAUCUCUUUGCUUUACCUUGAUUCAAAGACAAAAGGCUACACCUUCAAAUACAAUUUCGAAGGGAUGAAAGUGGUCGAAUGUGGGUGCAGGUGA